AAUGACUAAGUCGCAAUGGUUUAGUAACAAUCGCACGGUGAAAUGGCCCUCAGUCGGCACCGUUUUAUCCGUCGGACGCUGCUCGCGCUCGCCAGCACGCCCGCUUGCUCAUCGUCAUUGUCGUUUGUCGCCCGCCGUUGUAGUUUUUAGUGCGCCGCUGUUGCGCCGCGCUUUUUAUUAGCCUCAAUUAGUUUUAAUUUUUAACUAUCCUGUGGGUGAUUAGUCGAGAGAACGAGGGAGCACCCUCGCUCCCGGAUUCCAUGCAGUUUUCGAAAGCGAUCGUUCGACGUCGCGCCUUCACUGCUUUGUCGUGUCGCCCGCGGAUUUCUGUUUAUCGAAGUUGAAUUUACCCGCUCGAUUUUUGGCGGGAACUCGAAUUGGUCCGAACAUGGAUAGUUAUGUUAUCGAGAGGUCGCAGUUUUCAGAAUUGGUUCGAUAUUCUCGGCCAAUGAUGACCGCGGCGGGUAGCUUCACUAUCAUCAUAAUGGUAGUGGGCGUUUUGGGCAACUUGCUGACACUUGUAGCAUUGCUUCGGCAUUCCAAAAUUAGGACAGUAGCAGCUGCUUUUAUAGCUAGUUAUUAUUUUUUCAGCCUUUGCCUGUCCGAUUUGCUGUUCUGUUUCUUGGUAUUGCCUUUUUCUGCUAGUCAGUUCUUCCAUGGGACAUGGAUUCAUGGAGAGAUUUUAUGCACCAUGGUACCGACCUUACGUUAUGGGACGAUAGGAGUUUCCCUACUUAGCAUAGCUUCAAUAUCUAUAAACCGGUAUAUACUUAUAGCUUGGCCACAACUAUACUCCAAGAUUUAUACGAAAACGAAAGUAAUAUUAUACAUCGCCGCUAUUUGGUUGUUUAGUUAUGGUUUACAAGUACCUACUCUUAUGGGCAAAUGGGGCGAAUAUGGAAUGGAUGAAAAAUUAGGAACGUGUUCAAUUAAGCGGGAUAAAAAUGGUAAUUCCUCCAAAACAGCUCUCUUUAUAAUCGGCUUCGCCUUACCCUCUGUGAUCAUUGUUGUUUGUUACUCGAAUAUAUUUUGGGUGGUGCGAAAGUCCCACAAGAGAUUGGCUCAACACUGUACCAACGAUGGAAAAUUCAAGAGAAGCGAAAUGAAGAUAACCAAAAUGGUCUUGGUUAUAUUUGUCUGUUUCGUCGUGUGUUACUUGCCUAUAACCAUCAGUAAAGUGUUUGACCCGGAAGUGAAACACGCACCUCUUCACGUUUUGGGAUACCUGUUGAUAUACUUGGGUAGUUGCGUUAAUCCAGUUGUUUAUGUUACCAUGAACAAACAGUAUAGGAAUGCCUAUUUAGAAACACUGAGAUGUAAAUACAACAGCAAUUUAGAUUCCCAGUCUCCAGGUAACACGCCUACGAAGACACAGGGCAUGUCAGUGGCCUAUCUUAAGAAGAACCCGAAUCCUAACGUUUAUUAAGAACGUUAUUAACAAAUCGUUACAUUACCACAAAAGCCAAAGAAUAUGGAAAUAUGCAUUUACCUAACGUUAUUUUUUAAAUGAAAUCAGUCAGAUUACUGUCUAUUCAAGGUCAUAUCGUUAUUGUUAAUUUGUACAAGCUAGUUUUAUAGUAUCUUCGAAACAUCUACUAGUUAUAGAGAACCAUGUGAUAUUAUAAUUUUGGUUUGGUUAUAUUUUGAAACUACAUAGAUGUUAUUUUUUUGUCUUAAACUUUGAAUCUACAAUAAUGAUUUAUUGUAGAAUAUGACCAAAGUAGUACUUUUAACAAAAUAUAUUUCGUAUUUUCCGAGUGCUAACUAUUUCAAAAAAUAUAUAUUUUUCUCAACACAGGUUGCUAUAAAUUCGAGGUACGAGCACUGGUAUCUCGGAAACCGUAAUAG